AUGGCGGCGGCCGUCGCGCCUCUAGCCGCGGGGACAGCACAUCGAGGUACUGUUUGCCACUCACCUGAGUACCUGAUGCUUUCUGCCAUGCGGGGGUUGCAUACUGACCUUUUUCUCAACAAUGGUUUGCUACUUUGCUGGGCCACUGAGGUGGCCGGCAAACCAUACCAGCGCGUCUCUACACGACAACGCCAAGAGCUCACCGGCGACACCGACACCGUGCUGUCUGGCUGCUUCGCCUAUACCUCACCGGCGACCUCGACUCUAACACCACCCUCACAGUACACCUCACCGCCGACAUCGACUUCAACACCACCCUCACAGGCUGCUUCGCCUGAACGAACAACGAGCAUCCUCACUGGGAUCCGCACGUGGUCUGCUGCUUCGAUCUGCUACCUCGACUUCAACACCACCGUCACUGGCGGCCUCGAGUACUUCGACACCGCCCUCACCGGCGACGUCGACUUCUUCGACAGCCUCAAGGACUUCGACACCACCCUCACCGGCGACCUCGACUUCAACAUCACCCUCACCCUGUGA